CAAGGCGUCCCAAUAACCGGCAAUUCUUUCUGCGGGGUGUCAUUUUCUCCGCAUCUGGGGUUCAUUUACCCGGGCAAUAUGGUAGUACAAGGUCCCUCUCCCGUCUCAUAAACCUGCAGUUUCUGUUGUCCAACAUGUCUCUGAGUUCUGUCCCUUCCGCCUCGCCCUCGUAUAUCUCACCAUGAAGUUCUGGACUCUUUUGGCUUCCUUUGCAUUCACAUCCUUGUCACUCCUCCCGUCAUGCACCUCCCAAUCUACUCGAAACUCCAGUUACACGAAUCCCAUCUUUCCAGGUUUUCAUCCUGAUCCAAGCUGCAUCUUUGUUCCGGAGUGGAACAGUACCUUUUUCUGCGCAACGUCCAGUUUCCUUGCAUUUCCCGGUAUACCUAUCUAUGCCAGCAGAGAUCUCCAGAACUGGAAAUUGAUUGGCAACGUUUUGAGUCGUCCUGAACAGCUGCCGGAGCUAGCCAACACUGCCAAGCAAACCAGCGGUAUCUGGGCUCCUACUAUCAGAUAUCACAAUGGCACGUUUUACCUGGCGACAACCUUAGUCCACGAUGAUAAGGACGCCGCAGAUCCUGCUCGCUGGGAUAACAUUGUUUUCUCAUCAAACGAUCCGUACGAUGCCUCCUCCUGGAGUGAUGCGGUCCAUUUUGAUUUUGCAGGGUACGACACCAGCCUCUUCUGGGAUGAGGAUGGCCAGGCCUACGCCACAGGGUCUCAUUACUUUCGCGUCCGACCGGGCAUGGAUCAAGCCACCAUCGAUCUAAAAACAGGGGACGUUGGUGAGUUUGCCACUAUCUGGACUGGCACAGGCGGUCAUGCACCAGAAGGACCUCAUGUAUACAAAAAAGACGGAUAUUACUAUCUCAUGAUAGCGGAAGGAGGUACAGGGGUAACCCACAUGGAAACCAUUGCCAGAUCGACCGCUAUUAAUGGUCCUUACACUGCCAAUCCAGCGAACCCGAUCCUGACAAACGCAAACACCACUGAAUAUUUCCAGACUGUGGGCCAUGCCGACUUAUUCCAGGAUGCCUCUGGGGCUUGGUGGGGCGUGGCCUUGGCCACUCGAUCGGGCCCCAAGCAUGUCACGUAUCCCAUGGGGCGGGAGAGCGUUCUGUACCCUGUUACCUGGGAUGAAGGGCAGUGGCCGGUGCUUUCUCCGGUCCGAGGGUCGAUGGAAGGCUGGACCUUCCCGCCGUCAGAUACAGCCAUCCCUGGAAAUGGGCCUUUCAUCUCGUCUCCCGACGCAGUGGACUUUGAUCCCGGUUCAGAUCUCCCUUUGCAUUUUCUGCACUGGCGCUUCCCCCAAGCGGAUGCAUACGCUGUGUCUCCUCCAGGUCACCCGAAUAGUUUGCGCCUCAAGCCUUCGACGCUGAACCUGACCGGCUAUGAUGCCGAUACCGCGCCAGGCGGUCAGACUCUGAUCGCCCGCCGCCAAGAAGACACAUACUUGACCUUCAGCGUAGAUUUGGAGUUUUCCCCCGAGCAGAAAGACGAUGAAGCAGGCGUGACUGUGUUUCUGACGCAGAACCAACACAUUGAUCUCGGCCUCGUACUUUUACCCACUAACGGCAGUCUAACGCCGCAUCUCCGCUUGCGCUCCCAAAGCUCUAACUCUGUGCCCGGGCCCGUCACCUUGUCUUUGCCUGCUUCAUGGCAGCAGCAAAGCAUUCGGAUGGAGAUAAAGGCAACAAACGACACGCACUACGCUUUCUCAGCUGGGCCGACCACAAAUACGUCGGAGAAGCAGACGGUAGGUUAUGUGCCAGCAAGCGCAGUGAGCGGAGGCUUUACCGGCGCACUGGUAGGCGUGUACGCGACGAGCAACGGCGGCAACGGCACAAGCGAAGCGUAUGUGCAGCGGUGGAGGUACGAAGGGCAAGGCCAACGCACCGAAUGAAGCCAUUGAAAAACCAUGUGUAGCCAAGUAUAGCCAAAGAACCACAGCAAGACGCAAAAGCAUCCUC